AUGGAGUCGGAGACGCGGGUGCUGCGCGCGGCGGGCGGCUUCGGCCGGGCCCGGCGCCUGCUGGCCGCCGCCUCGUGGCUGCCGUGCGUGGCGCUGGGGCUGGCGCUGGGCUCCGAGCCGCUGCUCACCACGCCGCCGGCGCACCACUGCCGGCCGGACCCCGAGCUGCUGCCCCCCGCGCUGCGCGCUCUGCGCGGGCCCGCGUUGCUCGACGCCAGCGUGCCGCGCCUGGGACCCGCGCGCGCCCCGAGCCCCUGCCUGCUCCUGCGCUACCCUGAGCCCGAGCCCCACGCCCGCCCCAACGGCACGCGGCCCUGCACGCGCGGCUGGCACUACGCGCUGCCCGCCGCCGGCCUGCUGCGCAGCCCGGUGACCCAGUGGAACCUGGUGUGUGAGGAUGGCUGGAAGGUGCCCCUGGAGCAGAUGAGCCACCUCCUGGGCUGGCUGCUGGGCUGUGUCUUCCUGGGUGCGGGCUGUGACCGGUUUGGACGUCGGGCUGUGUUCGUGGCCUCCCUGGUGCUGGCCACAGGCCUGGGGGCCAGUGAGGCCCUGGCGGCCAGCUUUCCCGCCCUGCUGACCUUAAGGCUGCUUCACGGGGGGGCCUUGGCAGGGUUUUCCCUUGCCCUCUACGUGGCUCGCCUGGAGCUGUGUGACCCCCCUCGUCGCCUGGUGUUCUCCGUGGGAGCCGGCCUCUUCUCCGUGCUGGGCACGCUGCUGCUGCCUGGCCUGGCGCUUCUGGCGCAGGACUGGCGCCUCCUGCAGGGGCUCAGCGCCCUGGUGACUGGCCUUCUGCUGCUCUUUUGGGGGUCGCCGGCCCUGUUCCCUGAGUCUCCCUGCUGGCUGCUGGCCACAGGACAGCCAGCCCGGGCCCGGAAGAUCCUGUGGCACUUUGCAGAACCUGGGGGCGUGGACCCGGAGGACGGCUCAGAGGAGGAGAGCUCCCUGGUUACAGAGCUGGACAUGCUGGGUGCACAGAGCCCCCGGCCCCAGUACCACUCCGUCCUGGAGCUCCGGCACACCCGCGUCGCCUGGAGAAACGGACUCAUCCUGGGCUUCAGUUCGUGAGGAGGGGAGGGCACGGGNNUCCUCCGCAACCUGGCCCCGAGCGAGCCCACCUUCUAUUGGCCCUACUUCCUGACCGCCGGCCUGGAGGCAGCGGCCGCUGUGCUCCUGCUGCUGACGGGGGACCGCUGGGGGCGACGCCCGGUCCUGUUGCUGGGCACCCUGGUCCUGGGCCUGGCAUCCCUGCUGCUCCUUGCCGGGACCCAGUACCUGCCAGGUUGGACCAUGCUGUCCCUGUCCGUCCUGGGCCUCCUGGCCUCCCACGCCGUGUCUGCCCUCAUGGGAGGCCGCUGGGGGCCGGCGAGGUGGGGGAAGGCUGAAUGA